CUGGACAUCAUGUUUUCCACUGCUUCAUCCAUCCGCACUGCAGCGCAGAGACUCACCCAAACAUCGGCCCACUUACAAUCUCGAACGUCAAUGAGAAUGGCUCACAACAGUACUACAGCAAAGCUCAACACGGGAGCAAAGAUCCCCGCCUUGGGAUUCGGAACGUGGCAAGAUAAAGAGGCGCAGGAGCCAGCCGUCACAAUCGCCUUGAAAACCGGGUAUCGCCAUAUAGACACAGCAAGAAUUUACGGCACUGAGCCUGCCGUUGGCAAUGCCAUCAAAAAGUCUGGCGUUCCGCGUUCUGAAAUCUUUCUUACGACAAAGUUGUGGAAUAAUUCGCACCAUCCCGAUGACGUGGAGAAGGCACUAGAUGAUUCGUUGAAGGACCUACAGACAGAUUACGUGGAUCUUUACUUGAUGCACUGGCCGUCGCCAUUUGCAAGGGGUGAUGAAUCGUUUCCCAAGGAUGGUAACGGCAAAACGAAGACAGGCGAUUCAGACUACGUAGACACGUAUAAGGCGAUGGAGAAGUGCUUCAAGUCUGGGAAGGCGAAGGCUAUUGGCGUUUCGAACUUCAGCAAAGCCGAGCUUGAAAGGCUACUCAAGGAAACAUCAGUUGUUCCCGCCGCCCAUCAGAUCGAGCUGCACCCCUGGUUGCAACAAAAUUCCUUCACCGAAUACCACAAACAGAAAGGCAUUCACGUCACACAGUACUCUCCCUUUGGCAAUUCCAACGAAGUAUAUGACGGUGGAAAGAACAUGGGCAAGCUCAUUGAGGACCCCGUGCUUGUCGAGAUUGGUAAGAAACAUGGCAAGAGUGGAGCACAAGUUGCACUGGCUUGGGGCAUUGCCAAGGGACAUUCUGUCAUUCCGAAAUCGAAGACGGAGUCUCGCAUCAAACAGAACUUGGAAGGCGACUUUACACUACCGGCUGAGGAUGUUGAAAAGAUCACUGGCAUUGACAAGAAGUUGCGUUUCAACGACCCGAGCAAGAACUUUGGGUGGAACUUCUACACCGAUCUGGAUGGAAAGAAAUAAGGC